CUCUGCUAUUCAACAGCUCAUCACUUGUCAACAAUGGCAGAUGACGUGGAGAAGGCAACAAUGGCAGAUGACGUGGAGAAGGCAACAAUGGCAGAUGACGUGGAGAAGGCCACAGCCACUAUCGCCGCUUCCAACACCGAGCCGGCACCAGCAAUAAUGCGCCCUCCAGUGAUCGUCAUACCAUACGUACGGUGGUAUCACACUAUCAAAUGGACAGUGUUCACCUGCCUUUCUUUCUUCGUGCUCUACCAAACGGAGUACGACCCGAAGGCUCCGGGUGUCUUCUGGAUAUUGAUGCUGUACGCGGUGGGAUCUUUUCUCACCACCAUGCUCGCGCUCUAUGUGGAUGUGACGUACCCCUACGUGGAUUCCGAGAAAGGGAACUAAGUAGGCCUCU